AUCUCAAAUAUGCAUCACUCAGUUUAGUCAAACAAUAAGGAAGCUGGAAAAUAACUUACCAGCUGGUAAAGAUGAUCUACCAGUUUGACCAGCUGGCCUGUGUUUUAUCCGCUGGUUGCUGGGCAGACUAAGUUGGAGUUUUCAGCAGGGAUACUAUUAUGAAGGUGCACUUUAUAUACCAAAGAGAUAAACCAAAGAACAUGAAAGCUGGCCGUGCAAAUGCAAAAGUGUGACAGUCUCCAGAUUCUCCGAGAUGCAUGGAAAAACUUGUACUUCUAGAAGAAGUGUACUUGAGACAUACUGAUGCAUUUUUAAAAGUCACAACAAAUAUUGCCUUUGUUUAUUUCAGUGCUGUUUUUAGAUUUUUUUUUUUUAUUAAAUGUAGAAAACAUUUUUUUUUGCAUUAUUUUUGAAUAUAUCUUUACAGCAUUUGUUUGCUUUGCACAAACUAUAUAAUGCACUUGCUGCAUAUACUUUUACGCAGAUAGCCAUUGUGCUUCAUUUAAUAUAUACUGCAGAUAAUUGCUUAAGGGUGAUUCCUUUUUUUUUUUCCCCCCCCAUAAAGCUAUGAUUGUAUAUUUAAGUUUCAACCUAUGCUUGGUUUGUUUAAUCUUCCUUGGAAAUAAUUUCAGUUCAUUUAAACGUCUUGACGAUUAUUAACCUAAAUAGGUAUGAGUACAGACGCGAGUGUGCGUUGCACGCGAACCCGCUGGCGUCUUUGCUACCAUGGAAAACAAAAGCUAGCAUUUGAGUAUCAUAGCAACCGCCCGGGAGCGUCCUGUUUCCAAGCAAACCGGUGAGCUCCGCCUCGAGCUCUGCUGUGAUUGCAGUUGCUUUCGAAAGUUUUAACAACAAAAAAAACUUUUGGUCAUUUAUCGUGGGCAACUUUUAUUUGCAUUUGAAAGCUGCUUUUGACUUUGCACUUGUGCUAUUUUGUUUGGCCACAUGCAACUGCAGAACGUCGUUCUACCAGAGCUGUUUGUGCAUUAAAAGACUGCGUGGAUUGAGUGAAAAAUAAUCUUGUGCAUUAACUUAACUCCGUCCAGAGGUCAUUUUCCACAUGAAUUGUGAAGGAGAGCAGUCGGCCGGACUGGCGGCUGUGAUUCAGAAACUAGAGGACUCGCUGCUCAACCCAGACAGCAGCACGGAAGAGAAGGCCCUCACUGUACAAAGUUAUGAUGUGGAUUCCUUUUCCACACCAGUUCCUGCCCUCAUACGGCAAAUCAUCACCCGAAACCUUGCCGAUGGGCCUUCAGUUUCAGGUGCUGCUGCUGGUGAGAACAGUGUACUGGAAGAGAACAAGCGUCUGAAGGAUCUGCUUUCACAGACCCGUGUGGACAGAGACCAGCUGCUCAGCAAGCAGGCUGUUUUAACCAGCAGGCUGGAGCAAAUGCUGACUCUGCAGUCGGGAGAGUCAGACCAGGAGAGUGUGUAUGGCACAGAGCAGCAGAGGCUGCGGGAGGAGAGCCGAGCAUACAGGCUCAAACUGCAGGCUUACCAGGACAGCCAGCAGAAACAGGCCCAGCUGGUCCAUAAACUUCAGGCCAAGGUGCUUCAGUAUAAAAAGAGAUCUGGAGAUCUGGAGCAGCAGGUGCUGGAGAAAACGUCAGAAUUGGAAAAGCUGCGUCUCUCACUGCAGUCUCACUUGGACUCCUCAGCCCAGCAACUCCAGCGCUCAGAGCAGGAGCACAGCCUGGACACGCAGAGCAAACUAACCCUGCUGGAGGAGGAGCGGCAGAGGUGCUCCAGUCUGACCAAAGUGAACGCCCUGCUCCGAGAACAACUGGACCAGGCCAAUGAAGCCAACUAUGCCCUUACAGACAGCCUCCAUAAGGCCCAAGAAGAGGCCGAGCAGAGAGAAACACAACUGAAAAGGGAACAGGAGACGACUGCCUCCCGGCUGAGCCGUGAGCAGGCGCGUGGUCGAGCUCUCUGGCGCCAGGCUGCUUCACUGAGGAGCACCUUUACCCAGCUCAGGGCUUUUGCUGACAGGAGUCUUUCUGACAUGCGUGGGGAGUAUGCAUUAGUGAGCCGAAGGCUACAUGCAGCCUGCUCGAAUCUGGAGGCUGCUGUAAGUGAGCAGAAUGCCUCUACUGGCCUGGAGGUCUCAGCCCUGGAGAGGCAGCUGAGAGAUAAACUGAGAGAAGCCAUGCAGCUCCAGGCCGUUUUCAAUGUAGAGAAAAUGGAGUUCAACUCCAGGGUCCAGGGACUGGAGGACACAGUGCAGCAUCUAAGAGGUCAAAACAGUGAGAAAGAAAGCAGCCUGGCAGCAUUGCAGAGCAGUCUGGACAGGACGGAACUGAGUCGAGCCGAGAUCACAGCUGAGAGGGACACCUUACACAGUGAGGUUGGCAGUCUACAGCAGAUCCUCUACAGCAUCCACCAGGCUGUAAGUGAGGACGGGGACAGUAGCAGCUCAGACAGUCCAGGAGAAGAGAGUCUUUCCAUCUCCUUUGUCCAUCUCUCCUCCCCUCGGCGUGGUAGCACUCUGAAAGCUGUACGAAGGGCUUUGUCCAAACGGCAGACACAAAUUCAGGAAUUACAGGAACGUCUGGAAGCUGCACUGGAGCAAGCUGCCACCCUGCGUGAUCGGCUACAGGAUAGAGACGCUGAGCGGAGGCAGCUGGAGCAGAGAAUACAGCAGCUAGAGCAGGAGAACCAUCGUGCAGAGAGGACUGCUGAGGAGAGCGACAGAGAUGCCCAAAGAUAUCGCAACUCACUGGGCAUUAUCUCCAGUGAGAGGGAUGACCUGGAGAAGCAGCUCUCUACCCUGCAGCACCAGUUAAACUGUGAUCAGGCAGAGUUGGAGCGUUUAAGGAGUUCUUCCGUAGAUAACCAGAGGCAGAGAGAGCUCCUCCGGCAGCAGAGGGAGGACCUGGAGAGGCAGCUGGCUCGCGAGCGAUCCGAAGCCGAGAGGGGUCAGCGGACUAUCGAACAGCUGGAGGCCAAGUACUCGGAUGUGCGUAAAGAGCUGGUGACUGUAAAAGAAGCUCUGAGUCAGCUCACACUACAGAAAGAUGUACUGGAAGAUGAGAAGCGGAGCCUUGCACAGGCUCUGUCUAAGGCAGAGGCCCAGAAUGCUGAGCAGGAGUUGACGCUUACCAAACUUCAGAGCGAAACAGCAGCACUUAGAGACUCCUUAGCCAAGAUGGGCGCCCUGAGUGAAGGCCUGGCCAGAGACAAGGUUGAGCUGAACCGUGUGCUGCUACAGGUUGAAACCGACAAGGCAGAGCUAAGUGAACGGAAAAGGGAGGUGGAGCUCGAGCGGACGGCAGCUAGGGAGGAACUGGCACGCGUGCAGCAGGAGCUUCUGGACAUGAUGGCUGAAAAGCGAGCUCUGGAGGCCACACACAUUCACCUCCAAGAGGCCCGAGGAAGUCUGGAUGCAGAGCUGAGCGUGCUGCACAGGGAGAGGACCUUAACGCUGGAGCAGCUCGCCCAGGUCAGUAAGCAGAAGCAGGCAGCAUUAGAGCAGCUGAGUGUGUGUCGAAAAGAAGCUGAACUCCAGACUGCCUCAUUGAAGAAGACGGGUAGAGAGAGAGAGGAGCUGGCAAAGGACAAGGCCACGCUGACUGUCCAGCUCACCACAGAACAGCGAAAAGCCAAGGCGCUCACCCAAGAGCUGGCUGCUCUUCGAGCUGAGAGAGAGUCUCUGGAGUCAGCUCUGUUUGAUGGACAGGAGCUGAUCUCGUCUCUGGAGACUGAUCAGACUCGGUUCGAAGGGGAGAGAAGCAGUCUCCAGCAGUCUAAUGAGGCACUGACACAUGAGGUCUCUCGUGUCCAAAGUGAACUGGAGCAGCAGGUAUCCCGGGCUCUUCAGGAGAGACAGGCUCUGGAGUUGAAGCUAGCGCAGGCUGAGAGAAAUGCCCAGCGAAGCCUUGCCAUUACUCAACACACUCAUCAGGAACAACUGGAAGCUGAGCGCAAGGACAAGGAAUGUAUACGCCUGACCUUGACUGCACAGAAGGAGCAGGCUGAGGAGCAGCUGCGUGUGGAGUGUGAGGAACUACGUCUGCGCAGUCGCAGAGAAGUGCAGCAGCUGCAGGAGCAGCUGGCCAAACUGCAGCAACACUGCACAGACAGCCUGUUACAGGCCGAGUGCCACAAACAACAGGCACUAUCUGAGAAAGAGGCAGAAAGAGCAGCUCUGGCUGAGCGUAUUCUCAGAUUGCAGCAGGACCUGGAAGCUGGCACAUUGGAGGUGGAGCGCAUGCACAGAGACUUCCUAAGCAAACAGGAACAGGAUAAGGACACAAUGGCAGGUCUGCAGAGCGAGCUACAGCAGCUUCGUUCGCGCUUUGAGGAGUCUCUCAGCUCUCGAGAGAUCUCGGAGAAGAGACUGAAUGAGCAGAUCAGAGAAGUGUCUCUGCACAAGCACGAGGCUCAGCAGGAGGUGGAGCGAUUGCGGAGAGAACUGGCUGAGGUGGAGGAAAGCCGAGAUGCCGGAAGGAGGGAGCUCAUCGAGGCUCAUCGGCAGCUCCGUGAGUGCGUUCAGGAGAGAGACGCCCAGCGUAGAGAGAGCCUGGAGCUGAAGAGAGCUCUGGGAGAUGAGAGCCGAGAGAGAGAGGCCAUCCACACCUCCAACCAAGAACUCCGGACUGCUGUCAAGAGAGCUGAGAGUGACAAUAACAGUCUGAAGAGAUCUCUGGAGGAGAGGGAGCAGAGACUGGUGGUCCUAGAGGAGUGUAAGUCCUCCUUUCAGCAGGAGGCACUGAAACUGAGGUCCAGCUUACGUGAUCUGGAGAAAUCGCACUUGCAGGCCCGCCGAGAACUGCAAGAACUACGCAGAAAGGUAAAGACUCUAGAGGCAGAGUGUACCCAGCGGCGUCAGGAGCUGAGUGAAGUUCAGGCUCGUCUAGCUCAGGAGGAGCAGAAAGAGGAGGAGAGCAGGAGAGACAACUUUACCCUUAAACAGAGAGUCUUGGAGAGUGAUGCAGGAAGAGAGGCAGCACUGAAGGAGAUGGCAGGCCUACAGCGGCGUGUGUCUGAGCUGGAGGAGGGACAGCGUGUCGAGCGGGAUGCCCAGCAUCAGCGUGAAGUCAGCAUUCAGCAGAGCCAGCAGUGUCAGCAGGAAAAGAUCACCUCUCUAGAGGCGGCUCUACAGGAGGAGCAGGUGCAGCUUAGGGAGAUGAAUGUGGAGUUGAGUCUAGCACAGGGACGAGUUCAGGGUCUGGAGGAGCAGCUGGCAAAGACUGAUGCUGUCCGCACCGAUCUGGAGCGCAAGCUGAGCGGUCUGACAUCUGCCCUUAGACGCACUCUGGGCAUUGGACGCGGGGCGAGGUCGCCCACUCCUAGACCAAGAGGGAGGAACCCGUCACCAUGGAGAGCUCACUCUCCUUUUAAAGGAGGUGAUCAUGCAUCUAGCUCUUCUCCAACUCGAUCUGUUGGAGAAGAUGGAGAGCUGGAUCUGGACUCUGUGCAAGUGGCACUGCGCAACUUCCAGCAGGAGCUCAGAGACACCCAGAGAGAGCGGGACGAGGCCCAGUCUCAGGUAUUGAAUCUGAGCAGGCAACUGAAAGAUCUACAGGCUAAUCAGGAGAAGAGCAAUGCACGAGUCCAGCAGAUGAAACGCACACUAAAAGAGCUGGAGCAGGGGAAACAUGAUUUGGCAGAGCGUUUAGAGAUGGCUCAGGCCUCACUUACAAUACAGGAGGAUGCCGUGCACUGUGGAGACAGAGAGAGGAGGAUCAUGGGAGAGGAGCUGUCCAGGCUGAAGUGUAGCCUGCAAUCAGCCGAGGCAGGAACCAAAGCUCUACAGGAGAAGCUGGAGCGGGCUGAGGUAUCUGAGGCAAGUCUUGUUGAGGAGUGCAGGAAGCUGAAGGAGACCUGUAAGACUGCGGAGGAACGAGCGUCCAGGUUUGAGAUUAACCACCGUGCUUUAGAAGGGGAGCUGCAACGCUCACGUCUCCACGCUGUAGAGCUGGAGAACGAGCAUGCUGCCCUGAUGGAGAGAGUGACCAGUCUACGGAGGGAACUGGGGGAGAGUGAGCAGCACACGGCUCUGCUCAAGGUUCUCCUGGGCGUGUUACAGGUGGAGAGUGAGAGAGCAGCGACGGCUCUUGCCCGUGCUGAGCUUCAGGAGGCUCAGAUGCAUGAGAGGCUGCAGAAUCUGACCGCAGCUCUGAGUGAGAGUAACAGUAGCACAGGAGCUGCACAGGAGCAGGCCGCUCAGCUUCAGAGCGCUCUCUCUGCCAGCGAGUAUGAUCGCAGGACACUACAGGAGCAGCUGGACAAGGCUCAAGAUGCUCUUUUAGACACUAAGAAACAGAACCACGUCCUGAACGACAAGCUGCAGAACCUGCUGAGGAAUCAGGAUGACUCUGAGCUCAGAAUCACAGAACUGGACAAGCACAUACGUGCUCUGCAGGAGGCUCUGCGGCAACGGGAACAAGAAGUGCAGGUGGCCCAGGAUGGUUGUGCAUUUCUGCGGAGGGAGAAAGUAGAGCUACAGGAGCAUGUGAACACCCUACAGACCUCACUUCAUGGCCUGCAGGAGGACAAGACGCAGAUAGAGAAGACGCUUGCUCGCCUUGGCAAAGACAAGGCCUCCCUUAAACGCACACUUGAGAAGGUGGAGCAGGAGCGACGGAGGCAGGAAGAGCAGGCAGUGUGUGUUGGUCAUCAGAAGGAGCAGCUGGAGCAGACAGUGUGCAGUCUGGAACGGGAACUGAGCGAGACGCAAGCAGAAACCAACACGCUAAAGUCCCAGGUUUCCCAUAUGGAGCAGGCUCAUGCAAAGCGCCUCCUGGAGGUAACAACUCGCCACAGACAGGAACUUGAGCUGGAGACAGGCCGACUACGUGGUGCCCAUCAGCAAGCAGAGCGGGCACUGGAAACUCGAGAGAAAGCCCACCGACAGAGAGUCCGUUGCCUUGAGGAGCAGGUGUCCACACUGAAGGAGCAGCUGGAACAGGAGAUGCGCAGGAGACAGACCUACAUGAGCCAAAUGCUGAAGCCUGGGUCCUAAACGUGCGUGUGUGUGUGUGCGAGAGAGAGAGAGAGAGAGAGAGAGAGAGAGAGAGAUUUGGCCUGCUGUAUCUAACUUCUAAGGCCACAGACUGGAGUGAAGCCCAUGUGUCAUCACACACUCCCUCUGCCUUCUCUCAUUAUGGAGCUGGGCCAGCAUGGCUCGCAGUGGCUACUCGGACGGAUGUCCACAUAAUAAGCGGUUUUAACGGACGCACGCGAACACACACCCCCACACUCUUGCUCAAAGAACAAGAAAUCACUCGCAGGACUGUUGGACUACAUGAGCACAAAUCCCCUCAGUAAUCCUGAUUGACACCGUUAAAAAACCCCAACAACAACAAACAAAGAGAUCACUGUUUCCCCAAAAUGCUCAGCAAGUGCCAAAUUGUUUUAAGGAUUUUGCUCGGCAUGCGGCUGAGGCGUGUGUUAGUGUGCUCUGUGUGUCCCUGUAGGCCUGAUGAUGAUAGCUACAAUGUGAGGAUUUCAACCGCUAGGUUACCUCUUACACACACACACACACACACACACACACACAUACACACACAUACACACACGCGUUUUUUUUUUUUUACUAUCCUUGUGAGGACCUUCCAUUGACAACUAUUAAUGCAGCUAAUCAGUGAUAUGCCUACAUCUAAAUCUAACCUUAACCUUAACCUCAGUAAACAAAAAGAAACAUUUUUACUGCUUUGUUUUCAAUAAAAGCUAAUUGUUAUUCUUCUAAAAAGCAGUUUUCCUCAUGUGGA